UCUUCCCACCGCAGGGUGUUCUUCCUGGUGGAGAAGGAGCGCAAUUCGCUGCUUCUGACGGCGAGUCCCUGCUCGGCGCCUAUCGAGUGGCACAUCUUCAGGAAGCCCCUGGCGCCGUCCGACUACUCCGAGGAAUCCAACGAGUCACGGGACCCAUCGGCACUACUGUACCGAGACGACGGAGCGUCGACAGAGCCAGUUGUCGGCGGUUCGUUCUAUGGCCGGGGCCGGCUCAGCUUCUCGAGACGCGAUGCACCCAGAGGAGUCUACAUGCUGGAGUUCGACUCGGACUCAGCCGACACCAGAGUGCGUGUGUACGGUACCUCGGACGCCGACGCCCACUACCCGUUCCCGCUGCUGCCCAUCAAACCUAAGGUGGAAGUGCUCCAGGUACGCAACGGCCGUGUGCUAUUCACGUGGAAGCCAAGCCCGUCCGAGAGCUCAGCGCACCAGGACGUACAGUACUGUGUGGCCGCCAACCGCAAGGAGAACUUUCACACCAAGUGCGCCGUGGACAGCGCCCUGCGAGGCGACGUACCCAGCCCGCCGCACCCUGACUCGGGCUUCGGCUUUUGGUGGGAAAAGGCGGCUCGCCGCAAACUAGCACUCAGGUCGCGCGAGAUGCAGCGCGCCGUCCGGCCACAGCGCGACGUCGUCUUUGAGUGUGUCGGCCGCAGGACUUGGCACAGCUUUGCGGACCUCGAAGUCGACCAGAGAUACUACAUCGAUGUGUUCGCGAUCAACGCAAAAACUAACUCAAGUACGGCUUACCCGGGCACCAGCGUGGUCGCCAGAAGCGUGGGGAACCAGCGAAUCCAGGACAACCAGCUCGUCCGCAUUGUGCUCGACCAGAGGGAUAACUUUGUACACGUGGCCAAAUACUCGGUGAAUGCCAACGUGCCAACUAUGUGGAUGUUCGUGCAGUCUUGCUCGGGCCCUGGUCCGAUACAGCUCUCGGUCACAUUGCGCAAAGCCAAGGUGCUUACCGCAGAAGUAAUGGACACCAGGACGCUGACCCUGAACCACCCAUCGAACGGAACGUACGUUAUUAAGAUAUCGUCGACCGUGCCCCAGUUACGCAGAGUUCACCUUCUCGUUAGCAAGAAGUACCACAAGUUCCCGUUCCCCACACUGCCCGAUGACAGUGGCGUCAAAGUAAUGGGCUCGUUGACCACCUGCAACUCGGUCACUCUGGCAUGGAAGGCUGCCCUGGAUGAGAAAGUUCGCUACUGCAUCUUCAAGCAAGAGGUUCGGGGAAGCUAUUCGGGCGUGUUCGCCAGACCGCAGGACUUCUGCGAUGAGACCAAGUUGGCGGAGAAGAGCGGCAAGGUUAGCUGUCGCCGCUACCACCGCUUCAGCAAGCACCGCUUCCAGAACGUCAUUAUGCAGAAGAUUAGAAAGCUACAGCCGGACACGACGUACGUUUUUGAAGUUCUGGUCACAAAGGCCAGAGGGCGAACGCUAGCCUACGAGAAAGUUUGGGCCACGACGCACAGAAGCUGUAGUCCGUCCUAUAGGAAGGGAAAGCGAUGAAUAACGCUGCGGCCCUCGUCACAAAAAGAAAUACCUGCGCCACCGGCAAGGUUGUGUUGAACACUGUGCACAAAGGCAGACUAUGAUGAUCCGCCUGUGGACUGAAGCAGUGUCCGCUAUCGCAGUGAUGAAGUAUGGCGACCGAAUUAGAGGACGCGUGGAAGACCAAACUCGAAGUUGCAACACCGCUGCUCGUCUUUAUACGCGAUAUGUUGUAGUACCGCGCUUCUGCCAGUGCGACAUGAAAAUAAUAGGCAAUACAAGGCGUGUGUAUUAGCCCCACCACUACCACUAGAAAGAAAAAAAAAAAAAGCUGCGAAAAACGCAGCAGAAAUUAAGGCCUUUUCUGGUUUACAGUAAUCACAUGGCUGACCGUAUUUAUAGAGUUCAGCAUCUUGUUCCAGCGCUGGGAAAUGCACAGAAAGGUGCCAGUGUCAAACGAUGCCAUUGGAAAGGCUUUGUUGGCGCUAUAUAAUGUGGUAAAGUGCCGAAUAGCCAUUGUGUUUAAGAAAACAGUAUUCAGUAUUGUUGAGAGUAUGACUGUUUCGAUAGCUUCUCGCCAGUUUAACUCCUACUUAGAGCACAUUGAAUAAAAUAUACAAAGGCCAGGGCGCGUACAGGUUAUGUGAUUGCUAAGCUGUUCCAUUUUGUUAUUUGUUGCAAUUAAUAACGUUCUUACAAAUAAUUUUAAUCGUUUUAAGCAUCCUCGCAGCCAUUGCACGUCGUACAUAUAUUCGGGAUAUCCCUGGUUUUAUUAUAGUUUGGUAAUAUAAAAAAUAAAGGAAGUGGGUGUGUACCCGAUAAAUAUUCCGGAUAGAUAUGUACCGAAUAGAAAGUCCAGCGCUCUGCUUCGACCAUUUCAUCUUCUUUUUCGAGCUCAUAUGUGGCAACUCAGCAUACGCAUGCGCUUUCAGUAAAUCUCAGUGCUCAGAUGUCAAGUCUUUCUGAAGGGCAUGUCAUUAAUCGUUGCAUUUGUUGUGUUGACUUACAAACUUAAAUAUGCUUAGGUCUGUCCUCUUGUUUUUGUGAAAAUGACGGUCCGUCCGCGUCUGCACACGAAAGAAUAGGACCUAAAGCCAAACUGGCAUCGGCUUGGAGCAUUUCGUGCUAAGAAGUGCAAAAAACUUGCAUUUAUACUCCGUAAUCUGAUCAUAUUUCUUUCAUCUGUUCUCAUUACCAUACAUAGCAUAUGUCCGCCUGCGUUGUUCGUCCGUAUUACAACUUCGGACUCCUGGUAUAGUGCUCUAACGCCUCUAGCGACAGCGGGCCCGGAACGCUUUUCAUUCACAGUUCGCAUUCACGGCACCGCGAACUUGGCGUUGUAUUUUGCGUUGAAGCUCCUAGCUUGUCUUUUUUUUUUUUUUUUUU